CGGCCCGAGAUAAACAACACUAGCGCGGUGGCUAGCGACUAUUCGGAAAGCUUGUAUUCACCGACUUUAAAAUGGCAAAGAAAACGGAGGACUUCAGAGAUUUGUGGCUGUGAUUACGUCAAACAAAUCUAUCGCUACACUCCAUACCUAGCUCUGGACAGCUCUCUUCAGCCAUGUCGUCACGUGUGUUGCUGCGGCAGCAGCUGAUGCGAGAACAAGCCCAGGAGCAGGAGAGACGUGAGGCCCAGCAGCAGGCCUCCGCCUCUCAGCUCCGGGCCUCAGACUCCACUCCAGCCAUCUCUGUCACACUGCCCCCAAAUGCUGCCCGUCCCCCUCCAGCACAGGUGCCUGUGGAGGUGCUGAAAGUGCAGACUCACUUGGAGAACCCCACCAAGUACCACAUCCAGCAGGCACAGAGGCAACAGGUGAAGCAGUACCUCUCCACCACUCUGGGUAACAUGGCAGUUUCUCAGACCAUGGGUGUGUCCCCUGUGCCGCAGUCCAGUUCUGCCCCUGAAGUUGCUCCUACUGCCAGCAGUGCCCCUAACAGUCCUAUGGCUCUGCUUAACAUUGGAUCUAACAAGGAGGAGAUUGAUGAUGUGAUCGACGACAUCAUUAGUCUUGAAUCCAGUUUUAAUGACGACAUCAUUACGUUGAUUGACUCAGGUCUUCAGUUGCCUAGCACGCUCCCAGGAAAUCUGCUGGAUGUAUACCAUAGUCCUGGAAUGGCAGCGCCUACUCUCACUGUCAGCAACUCCUGCCCUGCUGAUCUUCCAAAAAUAAAAAGGGAAAUUACUGAUUCAGAUGCCAAAGCACUCAUGAAAGAAAGGCAGAAAAAAGACAACCAUAACCUCAUUGAGAGGAGGCGGAGAUUCAACAUAAAUGACCGUAUAAAGGAGUUGGGUACUCUGAUACCCAAGUCAAAUGACCCAUAUCACAACGAUGACAGAGAGAUGCGUUGGAAUAAAGGCACGAUUCUGAAAGCUUCCGUAGACUACAUCCGGAAGUUACAGAAGGAGCAGCACAGAGCCAAGGACAUUGAGAUGCGUCAGAAGAAGCUGGAGCAGGCAAACCACAGUCUGAUGUUACGCAUCCAGGAGCUGGAAAUGCAGGCACGGGCCCACGGCUUCUCCUCCUCCAGCAGCAUCGCAUCUGGUCUGAGCUCCGAUCCCUCCCUGCUCCAGCAGCAGCCACACCCACAAAGCGGCCAGUCUCUGCCUCACAGUGCUGGAGGAGCCUCCUCCCAAAACCUCCUAAGUCUGGGCGCGGCAGCCAUUGGACAGUCUCUGCCGGCCGCCUUCCUGUCCCCGCCCUCCUCGGAGUCCCCUGCUGGAGUCACCAUCAGCAGCCCCCUGGACCUGGGCAGCCUGAGCUUCGCUGAGCUUGACGACACCUCUGCCUCAGCACUCUACCCCGACGUGGGCUUGGGAGACAUUCUUAUGGACGAUGGGUGCGCCUUGUCCCCAGACAGGGUGGCUGAGCCACUGUUUUCUCCUUUGUCGCCAGGUGCCUCAAAAACCAGCAGUCGCAGGAGCAGCCUUGAAAUGGACGAGGACUUGUGAUGAGUUCUGUUUGGUGGUCAAAGACUGUCUGUAGGGACAAGAAUGUCAGGAAGUGCAGUCUAUCCUUAAAUAACGUGAGUCUAUUUAUAGGACUGUAGAGUUGAACUUAGCAAAAAAUAGCUAACAUUAAGAUCAAAACUAACAUAAAAGUUGUAUCUUGAAUUAAUUUGCCAUACAGACCUAAUUGCUAAUGUUCCUGUUUGGAGCUGGUCACGUGAUUAUGUCUGGGUUUAUAAAUGCAAUAUUAUUAAAAUGGAAUAUUGUAAAAUAAGGGCAUGGAUUUAGAAUUAAGAGAUAAUACAUUCUUAAAUAGUUUUUAAGAUUUUCUUCAGAGAUUUAAGAGGGAUAUAAAGUUUGCUUGAAUUUAUUAUGUGCUCAUUAAUAGGGACAAAAGCUGUGAGGUUUGUUUUUCACAACAGCAUUGGCAUAACAAACUGAUUUAAGAGAUGCCAACACAGUAUUUCUUUUUUUUUUCAACUGACUGGAAUCAGGGUUUGUUGAUAGUAGUCGCAUGCUAAUCCAUGUUGUGUUGUUUCACCAGCAGCUACAGAAGGGAUCUUGUGAAGUGAAUUGGCACAUUGUGAAAUAUUUACUGCAUAUUGUAUAUAAGAAUAUUUUAUUUUGAGCAAUUUUAUUGCACCUUAUUUUAUGGCAGUCUAUGCAUUUUAUGAGAGCUUUUAUCUGUUUUUUAUUAUUACACACAGUGGACAGCUAAUGCCCAGGUUGCAUGUAUUUAUAAUAAACCUUAAAAGCAGUGGAAAAUCACAUGCUGCUGCAGCUAGUUAGCCAAAGCAGGACUUCUUCCAGAGUAGCUACAAAUUACAAAUCAGUGUAUUAUUUUUGAAUAUAUUCACUCAGUAUGAGAACUGCAGAACAAUUUUUUCCUUUUACAAUCGUAGUUCAUUACGUAUUUUUUUGAUACCUGAAUAAUAGAUGAGUAGUUUCUCCUGAAUGAUAUCUGUGUUUUCAGUGAUUGUGUCCAUUAACUUGGUGGUCACUGAGUGAUUUUACCGGUUAGCAUGAUCUACCAAGAUUGUGGCUUUUUUUUUUGUUUUUUUUUUUUGUUCGUUUGUUUCUUUUUUUUUGGAUGAUCAAGAGAUAUAUCUACUCAUGCAUUAUUGCUCAUUGUAGAAUGAAUGCAGAGGGCUUUGUCCUCCGUUUAAACCAACCACUAGCCUCACCUCCGUAAUGAUAAGGCAUAACUGUUUGCUGUGUGAAACCUGCAAUGCAAUUAUUAUCCUGUAAAAUAGUCACAAACUUUAGGACGCGUUUAAUUUGUCAGAUGCUUAAGCAACCUUAUGUACAGUUAAUGAAUGUGUGUUAAUGAAAAAUAACCUCCAUAAGUGUAGGUGUUUUUGUUAUUUUUACAUGAACACACUGUAUUUUUUUUUUCCUCCAACACAGCCUCCAAGUUAUUAAUAUACCUAAAUUUGAAACUAUUCUUUGAGCUGUGCUAACAUACCAAGAAAAUUAGUGAAAGCAGCUAAAAAUAUCUACUAUUUGGUGGUCACAGUGAUUAUUCUUGUCCUCUCCUGUUCAUUCAGAACUUUCUUACUUUGUUGUAUUGCUAAAAGCAGCUCUACUCAGUGCUGCUGAUAACGUUUAGUCCCGUAAGUACCUAUGGUCAGCUUUUUCCACUCAUACGCAAUAUUAAUCCUGUUUUAUCCUGACAUAUUUUAGUGCUGACGUUGACUGUUAACCAUAAACCAGUAGCAUUUGUGUCUUGUCCCUACAAGUUGGCUUUUGGAAGAUUUUAACAAAUAAAUGAUUC